GUCAUCUCGCCUUCCCAAAUUUCGCCUCCUGCAGUUCGAAUUCAAAACAUCUAUCUAUAGAAGCGAGAAGGGGAGAACGAUGUUUAACUCAGUGAAUCUGGGCAACUUCUGUUCCCAGACGCGCAAAGAUAGGGCUUCCGAGUUUGGGGAUAGAACAGGGUGCGCCUCCAACCUCUACCUCCCCAGCUGCACCUAUUAUGUCCCAGAAUUUUCUGCGGUCUCUUCGUUUCUACCGCAGGCCCCAUCUCGGCAAAUCACGUAUCCUUAUUCCACUAAUCUUUCUCAAGUGCAACCGGUUCGAGAGGUUUCCUACGGCUUGGACCCGUCCGGUAAAUGGCACCACAGAAGCAGUUAUGCAUCCUGCUAUACGGGAGAGGAUCUGGUGCACAGGGACUGCCUUCCGCCAUCCACCAUGACCGAAAUGCUUAUGAAAAAUGAGAGUGUCUACAGUCACCACCACCACCACCUUCCGAGCUCCAACCAUUCGUCCGCGGGCUUCUACUCGAACGUGGGGAAAAACAACGUCCUUCCUCAAGGUUUUGAUCGCUUUUUCGAGAGUGCGCAGUCACAGUGCGUUGCAGACAACCAGUUGGAGAGCUGUUUACAGAAGAGCGAGACGAGCAAGCUGCAGUCAGGCGCCCAGCCGCCCGCCGCCGCUCUCCCCGGCGCCACAGAACCGGAGAAGGAGCCGGAGGAUGAGGAGGAAAAUGCACAUUCUGGAUCGUGCGCUUCUUCAUCGGGGACCAAGGAUGGCAAUGCUAGCAAGAGCGGUCACUCGAGUACUCCACGCACGAGGAAGAAGAGAUGCCCCUACACCAAGUUUCAAAUUCGGGAACUGGAGCGGGAAUUUUUCUUUAACGUGUACAUUAACAAGGAGAAACGUCUACAGCUUUCAAGAAUGCUCAACCUGACAGAUCGACAGGUCAAAAUCUGGUUCCAAAACCGCAGAAUGAAAGAGAAGAAACUGAGUCGAGACCGUUUGCAGUACUUCUCCGGCAACCCUCUGCUGUGAAGUACUGGGCCCUAAGUAACCAUUGAAUACGCUCGUGGCCAGUAUGAAACCAGCUGACAUUUUAUAAAAGAAAAAUAGGUCCGACACAAUCUUUAGCUCAAAUGUGAAAUAUGUCGAUCGAUGUAAAUAAGUGGACUUUCAAGACACGAUCUGUCCGUGUUUAUUUUCUGUGAAAGUAUAAGGUGAUGUGAUACAUCCGAAAUUAAGAACGAGAAGAAAACUU